AUGCCUACGCGUCGUAAAUCCCAUGCCAUCCUGCUUCUUCGCUCCGCUUUCCUCCUACAACUCACUUUCUCCCUCGUCGCUUUCGCCGCGUCGCCUGCGACGUUUCCUCCCCAGCCUUCGCGACAUCGUGCGACAGUUUCAGUCGCACGACCAGAUGGACGGGAUGGGGAGACCGAGGAAGGCGGGGAGAGCGGGGAAGGCGGGGAGGGUUGGGACGGGGAGACUGACUGGGACGAGGACCCAUGGCGGAACCAGCGAGUUUCGCCGUCGCCCAUGCUGCACGAUCAUGCGACAUCCGUGCGACGAGCUUUGGCGGCAGGCGACCCUGGCGACUCGCAGAGCAGCGCAGACGGCAUGUCCGCCGCGCUAGGCGCCGCAGGACGCGGCGGGUUGGGCCGCCAUAGAUCGCGGGAGGUCCGGCGCCUUGAGCAGCCAAUCACACGCAGCCAGCUGGCGCUUCUCAGCCUGAAUUUCUUCCCAGAAGUUUCCGGAGUAGAUGUGAUUACAGACGACGAAGGGGGAGACGAGGGAGGGAAGAAGCGGAGGGAGCAGGUGGCGUUGCCGAAUUUGGAGUGUGAAGGCGCAAUUUGCCCUGAAUUUUCGGAAUGCGGGCAGGGGAUACAGGCGUGCUGGAACCUGGAAUUCGUGGACGGGCUGAUGAAUAAAAACGGCGGAAGAAUUAAGGUUCCAGGCAGAAACGAUUCAGCAGCGAAUCACGACGGUCCUACUCCAAUAAAACCCCGUCUCAAUGCGACAGGUGCCAAUGCCAGUGUGAGUGCUGGUGACACAUCAGCAGCUUCCGCUAUCAGUAGCCCAUCAGACCCCCAAGCUGCUGCCUUAUCAUUAGCAAGUAAUGCCAGCUCAUCAGCAGCAGCAAUUCUUGCCCCAUCAACAGCAAGCGCCACUAGCAGCAGUCCAUCGAUCUCCAAAGAUGAAUUCUUAGCUCAUGCUGCCUCAUCCGCAACAGCUGUUGCUACACCUUCAGCGUCUGAAACGCCAAUGAGGAGGCGGUUGGUGGAGGAGCAGGGCAGAGGAGAAGGGUUUCUGAGGCACCUCCAAGAUUCAUCAACAGCAGCUGUUGCUACACCAUCAGUGCCUGAAACGUCAACGAGGAGGCGUUUAGCGGGGGAGAAGAGCACAGGGGAAGGGCUGCAGGGAUCAGGAGGAUUGAGUGGUGCAGUGCGGUUGAAAUGCCCUCCCAUCAACUCACAGCAAAUCACGCCAGGCAUGGUGCUACUGCCCAACUGCUCCCUUGCCAUAGCCUCUCCAGAGGACGGGCUAAAGGCAUGGGAAGGGAGAAACGGCGAGGGGAAGCAAGGGCCAGGGGAGGAGGGAGAGGAGGAAGGGGACGGAGCAGAGGAGGAGGAAGUGGAGGAGGUAGGGGGUGAGGGAGAAGGGAAGGGGGUGCGGUAUGGGGGGGGGAGGGGGUGGGCGGGGCGGGUGGUGGAGUUGAGGGGCGUGUGGGUGGACGGGCAGGGGCGGGUCUUCAACGCCUCUCACCUCUUCUGGCCUGGCGGGGGCUCGAUUCCUCGUGCAGGAUCGCAAGAUCUCUCUGCCUUCUCUAUCCCCAUCCCUUCUGCCUUCUCUAUCCCCAUCCUUCCCCUCCCUUCUCAGUGGUUACACGUCAUGGCACCACACUACCUGGGAGCCCCACCGCAUCAAGUCACCCUCUUUUCUUUCCAUAUUUCACUUCAUAUCUCCCUGACUCCUCUACUCCCAUCCCUUCCCACCCCACCAGUGGCUGCACGUCAUGGCACCACACUACCUGGGAGCCCCACCGCAUCAAGUCACUCUGCUGCCCCAACCAGACAAGCCAACCCACCUGCUAUUCGUGCAAAGGCUCAUUCAGCACUGCACCCGUCCCUCCCCUGCGCCCCUCUCCUCUCCCCCUCUCCCCCACCCUUUCCCACCCUCCCCUUUCCCCCUCCCUUCUCCCCUAACCACACUCUACACACAGCCCUGUUUCCAACACAGCACCCGCCCCUCCCCCGCACUCCUCUCCUCCCUUCAAAUCAUCCUCUACCUACCCUUUCUCUCUCCCAAAUUCUCCCCGUUCCCUCUCCCACCAGCCCUGCUUCCAGCACUGCAACCGCCCCUCCCCCUCGCUCCUCUCCUCUCUUCGAAACAUGCCCCCUCUCCCGUUUCCCUCUCUUCCGCCCCCCGAUUCCCCUCCCACUUCCCCCUCCCAUCCCAACCCCCCCCCAGCCUUGCUUCCAGCACUGCAACCGCCCCUCCCCUGCUCUCCUCUCCUCUCUUCGCUCACAUCACCUCCUCCCUCCUGAAGGCCUUCCCCUCUUCCAUGCCAACUGGACGCUCCGCCGCCCGCCACCUGUCCCUCUCCCGCCACCUGGCGGGACCGUCUCCACUGAUGUGGAGGCUGACGUUUCAGCUGACAUGGCAAAUGGUCCGGGAGGGGCGACUGUUGACGCAGAUGGGGACGGAUUCGCGGGGGUGAGGGGGAUGGUUGGGGAGGACUGGGUGGUGGUGGUGGCGGUGCCACCUGGCGCGAUGCUAUUGGAUAAGAUGGAGGAGAUGGUCGAUGGCGUAAUCCAAGAUAACUGGUGGAACGGCCGGGUGGUUUACUUCCGAGGAACCAUGGGCGUGCAGGAAGCCAGGGCUCUCUUCUCUCACGCUCUCCUCCUCAUCGCGCCACCAGGGGAGGCUCUGGACUUCAUUCUCUUCAUGCCGCCUGCUGCUGUCGUGCUCGAGAUUCAACCCUCCUCCCAUCCCUCCUCCUCCCACCGUGCUCUCUCUCACUCCCUCUCCCUUCGCCACCACACUCUCUUCUGCAAGCUACUCAACGUUUCCGGGCAGCCCAAAAAGCUUUCAUGUGACCGGCUCGUGCUCGCACAAGUCAUGCAAGCCCUCUCGACGGAAGUGUUUUUCAGCCUGGCGCUGCCCAGAGGCAGCCGGGCAGCGCGAGCUGCCCUUGGGAAAGCAUCCAUACCCGAUGCAUAUGCCAUGAAGCCAGGGGCGAGUGAGGCGGGGUGGACGGUGCGCGAGGGGGUGAAGUACGAGUGGGUGGUUGGGCCCUCCACAUGCCCGUCGCCUCACGUGCCCGAGGAGAUUAAAGCCUUUGAACUAACGGCUAAGGCACGACUCAAAGAUGCUCAGGAGAAGGAGCGAGUUUUGCGAUCCCAGUUGGAGAAGAAUGGAACGGGGGAUGCAGCAGCAGCAGAGAAAACGGCAGCAGCAGCUGCAGCGGCUGUGGAAGCAGCAAAAGCAGCAACGGCGGCGGCGGCUGCAGCAGCAGUAAAUCUGUCAAACCCCUGGCUGCCGUUCAACGCGUCAGUCUUCUGCGAGAGGGUGGGGCGGGGCCGGCGAAUCCUCUUCCUGGGAGACUCAAAGCAGUACCAGAUGGUGCAGGUGUUUGUCAACCACAUGGCGUGGGGGUGGAAGGGAAAGAGGAAGCCUGCAAAAGAGUUGGUGAAUCUGGAGGAGCGGCCAAAGGCGUGUGUGGAUGCGCUGGGAGGGAAUGCAGCUAAAAUGGGGCAUGAGUUCUGCCAAUGGUGA